GACCAGGAGAAAAAGUCCUCAGCUCUCCUGAAAGAAGAACUAACAUCGAUACCCCGACUGAUGAGGCCGACCUGAAGGCUUUCUGCUCCAAACAAGCACCUAAAAGUUCAUCCAUUUCCAGACCUCCUCGUCUCAGCUUUCUUUUUCCGUUGCUCAACUCUUUCAAGUUGUCCAGACUCCAUCAUCCGUCAACAUGCCUCCUCAGCUUCAGUCCCAGAACCAGAGCAGUCCCAGGGUCCUGCAGGGUGACAUCAGCGCCCUCAGCCCUGCAGUCAGGGAGUUUGUGGAAGCCAACGUGACACUGUGCCAGCCUGACUCCAUCCACAUCUGCGAUGGCACAGAUGAGGAGAACCGCACCAUCCUGGCCCAGCUGGAAGAGCAGGGGAUGAUCAAGAAGCUCCCCAAAUAUGAAAACUGCUGGUUGGCCAGGACUGACCCAAGAGACGUGGCCCGUGUGGAGAGUAAGACUGUGAUUGUGACCCAGGAACAGAGGGACACAGUACCCACACCUCUGGAGGGUGGAGUCAGCCAGCUGGGCCGCUGGAUGUCUCAAGAAGAGUUCGACAAAGCCGUGGCUCAAAGGUUCCCUGGCUGCAUGAAAGGUCGUACCAUGUAUGUGAUUCCCUUCAGCAUGGGUCCAGUUGGCUCCCCCCUCUCUAAGAUCGGAAUAGAGCUGACCGACUCCCCCUAUGUGGUGGCCAGUAUGAGGGUGAUGACCCGCAUGGGGAAGGCUGUGUUGUCUGCUCUGGGAACAGGAGAGUUUGUCAGCUGUCUGCAUUCGGUUGGCUGUCCACUGCCCCUCAAAAAGCCACUGGUGAACAACUGGCCCUGUAACCCUGAGCAGACGUUAAUCGCCCACAUCCCCAACCGCAGGCAGAUUGUCUCUUUCGGCAGCGGAUAUGGAGGAAACUCCCUUCUGGGGAAGAAAUGCUUUGCUCUGCGCAUUGCCUCACGUAUUGCCAAGGAGGAGGGCUGGCUGGCCGAGCACAUGCUGAUCCUUGGUGUCACAAACCCUGCUGGGGAGAAGAAGUACAUGGCUGCAGCUUUUCCCAGUGCCUGUGGGAAGACUAACCUAGCCAUGCUCUGCCCCACGCUGCCAGGAUGGAAGGUUGAGUGUGUGGGAGAUGAUAUCGCCUGGAUGAAGUUUGACAACCAAGGGAACCUACGUGCCAUCAACCCUGAGAAUGGCUUUUUUGGCGUUGCACCUGGUACUUCAGCUAAAACCAACCCCAACGCCAUGGCUACCAUCAUCAAAAAUACCGUUUUCACUAACGUGGCAGAGACUAGUGAUGGUGGUGUGUACUGGGAAGGAAUGGACCAGGCUCUACCUGAGGGAGUCACCAUCACCUCCUGGAAAAACAAGCCCUGGAGCUCAGAGGAUGAUGAACCCUGUGCUCACCCUAACUCCCGUUUCUGCACUCCGGCUGGACAGUGCCCCAUCAUUGACCCCUUAUGGGAAUCCCCAGAGGGUGUGCCCAUCGAGGCCAUCAUCUUUGGAGGACGCAGGCCCGAAGGUGUUCCUCUGGUAUACGAGGCUUUCAGCUGGCAGCAUGGCGUGUUUGUUGGAGCAGCCAUGAGGUCAGAGGCCACUGCUGCAGCUGAGCACAAAGGCAAGGUCAUCAUGCAUGACCCCUUCGCCAUGCGUCCUUUCUUUGGCUACAACUUUGGCCAGUACCUCUCCCACUGGCUGAGCAUGGCUGACCGGCCUGGCGCCAAACUCCCCAAAAUCUUCCAUGUAAACUGGUUCCGUAAGAGUCCAAGCGCCGGUUUCCUCUGGCCAGGUUUUGGAGACAACAUCCGUGUGCUGGAUUGGAUGUUCAGACGAGUGAAUGGUGAAGCUGGUGCGAUGCCCUCUGCUGUGGGAUACCUGCCCUGCACAGACUCCCUGAACCUCCAGGGCCUGAAAGGAAACGUGGACCUGGAUGAGCUGUUUUCUCUGGAUCAGGAGUUCUGGCAGAAGGAGGUGGAGGAGGUGAGGAAGUACUUCACCACGCAAGUGAAUGACGACCUGCCCAAUGAAGUUGCCCGGCAGCUGGAUCUCCUGCAGCAGAGAGUGAAUCAGAUGUAAAAGAUUUCAAAUAUGAGGAACAACGGUGUGUACUGGUAAUUCUAGACCAAAUGUCAGGGAAUGCUUGUAAUUCUAGAUUUUUGACACAUAUCAGAAAAUCUAGAAUAGAAUGCAGAUAAUUCUAGGAUACCAGUCAUUGUUUUACAGGGAACAUACUUUACUGUGGAAAUCAGUUUUUUUUAAUUCUUUAAGGUGGAACUUUUCACCCUCACCAGGUGCAAUGUUUCUGGAAUAAUUUAUGACUGGUCUGUCUUUUUCUUACAGAGAAGGUUUUGAUUCUUUUAACUAAAAUAGGAGUUUGAAGUAAAUUAUAGAAACUGGUCUAAAACGUAGGGUUAACAAACCUUCCUCUGAACUCACAGAUUUUCCCUGUUUCCCAUUGAUGCUGUUGUGACAGCACAUUAUUUUAAACCAUAGUCCAGUGUUUUUUUUCCUACUGUAUGCCUUAAGUCUAGUGGUAUUUAAAAAUAACUUAUUAUGAACGCACAACUUGUAAUUGUUGUAUGGAUUUGUAUACACAAAUGAGUUGAUGUCAGCACUUCUGAACAUGCUCACAUGGAGGAAAUGUAUGUGUUUUGUUCCUAUUGUUAUUAUAAGGUUUAAUUUAUUUUUAUACUGUGUGUCUUGUUUCUAUUUUGUUGUAAUCUUGAGACUUCA